AUGCCAGAACUAAUAGAAACACGCAAGAGACCGCACCUUAAUCGAAGCUUUACAGGGGACAGCUCCGAUGACGAAGAUCUUGCGCCCAUCAAACUGAGCGCCGAGGCGCAAGCGAUACUUGGAGAGGACGAACAGCAAGUUGAAGCUGAGAAAGAGAAUAUCGCUCCAAGGGUCCAUCCUACAAUACCAUCCACCUCGACGGGCCUGCGAAGGCAGAGCAAAGGGACACCUAUCGAGGCGCUCAAAGCCUCAAGCCCUCCGCAGAAAGAAGAUGGAAGUCCAGCUCCCCGGGUCGUCCGCGUCACCUCUAGCGUUCGCCCUGGCGCACCAGGAGUUCUGGGCAGAGACGGAUCGUUCAUGUACAAGAUCCACGAAAAGUCAGCAACGCGAGCCCAGACUACCCUUCAAGACUCAGAGACUCCAGCGCCCCCGGUUCGCCGUAUCCGCAUCAGUAAUGGCCGGCGGUUGUCGAGGUCACCACCUUCUGAUCAAGCACCGCAGGAACCUCAAGCUGAAGAUGCACCAUACACGUCAAAACGAUCGGUCAGCCCGAGAUCUGGGGCUUCGCGGGCCAGUGUGGAGGAGCACAAUUCUGCCAUGCCGUCUACAGUUACACGUCCCCGGAAAGGAGAUGAGAACGGUGCUCAUAGCACGAUGCGCGUCCGCCGCCUAGGCGGAGCAUUGCUCAAUAAACCCGUAAGGAGGGGCAUGGUCCGCCGUCAGAGCGAGGAUGACGAUGGUGCCAACAUAGAUGACCAUCCUGGUGCGACAACGCCGGAGUUGGAGGUUGGUCGUCGAGCACCUGAACCAGAUCUACAAGACUUGCCCGACGAUUUGCUUGCGCUCCAAGGCAGCCCACAGCCGAUCAAGCCACUACGCCCGUCCCCAAGGAGCGGAUCUCCCAUACAGGUGGACGUGCAGACAGCAUUCGAUCGUCCCGCGUCAAGACCAGGCUCAUUGCUUCGAACGCAGCCGACACCUGCUGUACCCGGUUCUCAUCCUUCGUCAAAGUCUUCAAGCUCUCAAAACAGACCUGUAUUCAAGAUCCCACCGCUACAACCCCUUCCAGCGCAGGACCAAGAGAACGACCCACCGCCGACCUUCCGCCGUACCAGACCAUCCGCUGCAAUACUGGACAUCCACGAAGAUGGAGGUGACCCAGAUCGGAAAGCCUCUGAGCCCACACCGAUGCAGAUAUCUCCCUCUCGCCAACCUCUGGCUCCUCGGUCAAACAAUACACCUCACCGACCGGCCCCAGUACCCCCUCCGAAAAUGUCAAUCCUCGACGCAGCCACCUCGAAUGCCGGGUCCCGCAAUAAGAAGUCCGUCCACUACGCACUGAACGGCAAAACGUACCGUCGCCUUGACUGCAUCGGUCGAGGCGGCUCCUCGCGAGUCUUCCGCAUAAUGGCCGAGAAUUAUAAAAUCUUCGCGCUGAAGCGGGUCAACCUCGAAGAAGCCGACAUGGCGGCCAUUGCGGGCUACAAGGGCGAGAUCGACCUGUUAAAAAAACUAGAAAACGUCGACAGGGUCAUCAGACUGUAUGACUACGAGGUCAACGAAGAAAAGGGCGUCCUUAACGUCAUGAUGGAGCUCGGCGAGACGGAUUUCAACAAGAUGCUCAACGAGCAAUUGAAGGCCGAGAAUGCAAAGUUGGACAUCACAUUCACGCGGCACUACUGGAAAGAGAUGCUGGAGUGCGUGCAAGCCGUGCACGAGCACGACAUUGUCCACUCAGACCUCAAGCCCGCCAACUUCCUCCUGGUCAAAGGUCAGCUGAAACUGAUCGACUUUGGCAUCGCCAACGCGAUCCAGGAAAACACCGUCAACGUGCACCGCGAGAACCAAAUCGGCACCCCGAACUACAUGUCCCCCGAGUCGCUCGUCGCGGUAGGCGCGACACAAGGACAAGGGGCCCUGCCGGGCACGAAAAUCCUCAAGCUAGGCAAACCUUCUGAUGUAUGGAGUCUGGGUUGUAUCCUGUACCAGAUGACGUAUGGACAGCCCCCGUUUGCACACAUCCAGAAGCAAUUCGAGCGCAUCAUGUCCAUCCCGAAUCCGAAGGUGGAGAUUCAAUUCCCCAGCACGGGUAUCGGCGGGAGCGUUGUCCCGUUUGGGCUCAUCAAGACGUUGAAACGAUGCCUGACGAGGGAGCAGUCCCUUCGGCCAACCAUCAGCGAAUUGCUUUCUGCGACGGACCCGUUCUUGAACCCCGUGGCCAUCUCUCCCGAAAUGCUGGGCCGCGUCAUCGGGAAUGUCGUCGGAUACUGUCGGCGGAGGGAGGAAGCCUUGAAAGCGAAAGGCGAGAUGCAGUGUCAAGUCGGCGAGGAUGGCAAGGAGGCCAGCUGUUUGCCUUCUGAUGGCGAGAUGGUGGGCUGGCCGGGCGCAUUCUACGAGAAGUUGAGACAGGCCAAUUUGGAGGGCACGGCGUGGUGA